GAUGAGCAUCCAAGGCCUUCACCUAUCAGAUGGCUCCCUAGUUAAAGGAUCCACAAAAGAUUUACUUUGGCUUCUUUGGAAAAUGCAACUUGACCAACGAGGGAAGUUCAGUGAGAUCGACCUUAGACUUGCCCAAAAGAAUACUCUUGAGCUUUUGAUCACAAUUCACAACAUUCUUAUUAGAACUGAAAACUCAAGCUUAGGAGACCUAAAUCCGACAAUAUUGGCAUACUUAAUGGCCCAUACUAAUGUUGAUGAAUUUUGCAAACAUAUGGGUACUGACUUGGAAUUCGUCAAAGCUAACCUGGAGAUUGUUGUCCUUUAUGUAAGACCAAACUCGCCUAAAGCAAUUGAGAUGAGAACUCUGAGACUGGCCCAUAAAAUCUCUGAGUAUGGUGGGCAGAUUCACAAGGUCAAUCAAAUCUGCUACUUUCUUAGGGUUGUCCGUCACGGUUUUCUUCAAUCUUUGUGGCAGCAUUUUCACCAUGCCACCCAUGAAGGUCCUCGGGUCAGGGCAACCUCCAGAGAACUGAGCCUCGUCCAAAAUGAAGAAUCCGUCUUCACUGGGCAGGUGAAAUGGAAACGGGUCGCCUUAGGUGGGGGUGCGAAAGAAGGAAGAGAGACUUAACUACGAGUUUUCUGAAGGCACCAAGAAUAGACGGCUAAGGUUCGAGGGUCAA